UAUUCGAGGCAGUAGUUCGUCAUUGUACGUCACGCCAGUACAGAGAGGCUUCCCAGAUGCCAGUGCGCUCUGAGCAUUUGCACAAUGUAUGGAAGUCCGCCAUUGCGGUGGGACAACAUCGGUCAGAGAGCUGGCUGAAAUUCGAAAUUUGGGGAGCUUUAGGGCAUCCCAAUGCAGCACACUGCCCAAGAACUAAAAGAAAAGCUGCUGGAGGCUCUUGAUGAUGAUAACAAUGUUAUUGACAUGGACGGAGUGUUGGCCGUCGUCACAAGACUGGAAACGUUCCCAAUCACAAGAGAUGUGCUGGAGCAAACAAGAAUUGGAAAGUAUAUUAAUGAACUCAGGAAGAAAACAAACAAUGAACAAUUGGCCAAGCGAGCAAAAAAGCUAGUAAGAAACUGGCAGAAACUUAUCAACCCUGAAGUGAAUGGGGAUCAUGGAGGGGUAGCGCCCAGUCACCCUAGUGUAGCAGCUUUAAGUGGAUAUGGUUCCAAGCCAAGUAGUCCAGCUCUUUCUCAAAAGUCUUUAUCUCCAGUGGUCAGUAAUCAGAAUGUUGUGCGUUCUAGUCUUUCAAAACAAUAUCCAGGAUACAAACCGAACACCCCCACCCAGAGUUUAAACCAAAGUUUAAAACCAAAUACUCCCAAACUUCCGCAACCUCCAAGGAGUAAACCGAACACUCCCAGUAUGCCCCAGUAUUUAAAAUCUGGACUUUCUCCCAGUCUCAGUACAAGUGAUCUUAGGGGUUCUAGUACACCUAAGAUUGGCAAAGUUCCGAAGCUUAACUCUGUGCAUUCUUCCCCAGAUCUUGUGUUAAGUUCACAAACUGAUCGAUUAAGCAAUAAUGGCAGUCCCUCUCUUGAUGUGGAAUUUCAUGGGAGGUUGUCUAGAAAUGUGUCUCAUGAGAGUCUUUCAAGUUUGAGUGGUAGUGUUAAAGAUAUUCCACAGCACACACAUUCCACAAGGGAAAAUGGGCGUUCUUUGUCCUCUUAUUCAGGGUCAGCACAUGAUGAUCAAAGAACAAACUCUAAAACAAAUGUUGCAAAUCGAAAGAGGACACGAAAUGAGAACCAAAAUGCUUCUAAGUGUGAGAGUUUAUCCUAUAAGCCGGUUGCAAAUGGAUCUGUGGCAUCCUCUCCUGUCAUGUUUAGUGACAAAAGUACACACAACUCGAGUCGAAUAUCACCGUCCUCAUCCGUCUCCUCUGAUGGAGGUGGGAAACAGCAUACCUUGCCAACUCGUCGAAAUGCUAAUCUUGCAGUCAGCACAGAUACUCAAAAGUCCUUUGAUAAGGCAAUAAAGACACCAAAAGUGAAAACAACAGCACAGUUAAUUGCAGAUCUGCAAGCUAAAAGUGGAGGAUCUGCAAUUGGAAGUGGAGUGAUUCAUCAGAUUGAAACGAAUCAAAUUCAAAAGGAAAGUGAUGAACCACCCCCUGUUUUACCACCUGGUGCUAGGCCAAAACGGAGGCGCAAACAUGAUGAUCCAAAUACACCAUCCACACCAAUCCGGCCACCAGUCAAUCUAAGUCAAACAAAAAGGGAACUUGUGGAAAAUUAUCUAGAGAGCUCAAUAACCCCUAGUAGUGCUGUGGACAUGAGUCCCUUUAAAUACGAGCUUCCUCAAUCAGAAUCUCUAGAAAGAGAGGAAUCGGGCAUGGACAUAACGGACAGUUCAGAGGUUGAUACAAGUUACAGACCAUCAGAAGUUCAAUCCAGGGAACGUAUUGAUCUCGGUGACAGCAUUAACACAGACACUGUGAAAAAGGAGGAGGGUGAGGAAGUGGGGAAUAAAUUGCUAACUCUGGAAGAAAUAUACAGUCAGUUGCGGCCAAUUGAUUAUGAUAGUGUAGAUUUUGACUGUUUGGAAUCUGAGGAAGAUAGUGAGGCUCCACCAAAUGAGGAAGAAGUAAGUGAGGAAGUCUUGGAGCGAUUGCACAAUUCAGAAUGGGGCGAGGUGAAUGGGUUGUAUGAUAUCAGUGGUGCUUGGAAGGACUGGACACAAACCCUUACAGUGGCGUCUUAUAAUGAGGAACCUCUGUAUGUUCUGCCAUAUGUUCUCACGGACGACUAAGUGCAGAAGAAAUCCGUGUUUACAGCAGUUUUCUUCAUUAUUAUAAUUUUUUGUUUUAUUAUGCGUUAGUGCAAAUAGGUCAGAUCAGUGCUUUCAAAAUUUAUGCAGAUCUACAUGUAUGUAAUAUUUGUUGAUAUUUAAAAGAUCUUUAAUUACGUGUUUGUAUCUGUUCUUGUAUUUGUAAAACUUUCAAGAGAAGUAAAACAAAUAAAAGACUUAUGAUAAAA